AUGGAAAGUGACAACCAGACAUCCUUUGUGACAGAGUUUGUUCUCCUGGGACUCUCAGCCCACCCAAAGCUGGAGAAAACCUUCUUCGUGCUCAUCCUGCUGAUGUACCUGGUGAUCCUGCUGGGCAACGGGGUCCUCAUCCUGGUGACUGUGUCCACCUCCCACCUGCACACGCCCAUGUACUUCUUCUUGGGGAACCUCUCCUUCCUGGACAUCUGCUACACAACCUCCUCAGUCCCCCUCAUUCUUGACAGUUUCUUGACCCCCAGAAAAACUAUCCCCUUCUCAGCGUGUGCAGUACAGAUGUUUCUCUCCAUUUUCAUGGGAGCCACAGAGUGUGUGCUCCUCAGCAUGAUGGCGUUUGAUCGCUACGUGGCCAUCUGCAACCCCCUUAGGUACCCUGUGGUCAUGAGCAAGGCUGCCUACGUGCCCAUGGCUGCCGGCUCCUGGGUAGCUGGAGGUGCUGUCUCCAUAGUUCAAACAUCCCUUGCAAUAAGGUUGCCCUUCUGUGGGGACAAUGUCAUCAACCACUUCACCUGUGAGAUCCUGGCUGUCCUGAAACUAGCCUGUGCUGACAUCUCCAUCAAUGUGAUCAGUAUGGGGGUGACAAAUGUGAUCUUUCUAGGGGCCCCAGUUCUGUUCAUCUCUGUCUCCUACGUCUUCAUCAUCGCCACCAUCCUGAGGAUCCCCUCAGCUGAGGGGAGGAAAAAGGCCUUCUCCACCUGCUCUGCCCACCUCACCGUCGUGGUCGUCUUCUACGGGACCAUCCUUUUCAUGUAUGGGAAGCCCAAGUCUAAGGACCCCCUGGGGACAGACAAGCAGGACCUUGCAGACAAGCUCAUCUCCCUCUUCUAUGGGGUGGUGACCCCCAUGCUGAACCCCAUCAUCUACAGCCUGAGGAACAAGGACGUGAAAGCUGCUGUGAGAAACCUGGUGAGUCAGAAACGCUUCAGCCGGUGA